ACACUGGGGCUGGGGACAGCAGGGCAUCACCAGCAUGGCAGUGUGUCUGCUGCGCCUACCGGUUCUUGUUAUGACAGCCAUGACUUUCACUUCUGCAAUGAAUCAAAGCACAUCUGAGAUUACGUGUGUGUUUAUCAGACAGAGAGAUGGAGCUUCAAGGACAGAAGAGACAUCAGUAUCUUCCAAGAUCUCUAAUGUUUUGGAAGAUCUUGAGUGCCAUUUGAAUUCUCAGGGAGCCGAGAACAUCUAUGAACCAAUUAAAAAAGUGGAAGCUAAUGUGUUUGAGGAUAUUGAAUUAAGAAUAAUAAUGAACAUUUCAGAGAUAAUUUCAUGCCAUUGUUUUUUUAAAGAAAUCCAACCUUGUGAACCUUCAUUGGAUUCAGAUAACCAGUACGUUACUUCUUUGUAUUUUUCUCAAAUACGGGAAACACAAGCUGGAAAAUACACUUUCUCAGUCAUCAGUAAAAACAGCAAUUACACCAUCAUUGUUCCUGUUCUCAUCCGAAGUAAACCAGGCAAACCCUAUUUCAGGAUAUCUGAAAAACUGGAUGUUAUAGAGUGCAUAUCAGAGAGCUACCCCCAGCCCUCUGUGAAGUGGGCAUUUUGCAGAACACCUGAAAAGAGCUGCCUUAAUAAAAUGUAUGAAGAAAACGGAGAAAUAGAUGGCAUACAGAAGGUACAAUAUGAAUUACACCAGAGUGAGUUGUUUGAAACUUACAUAUGGUGCUGUGCAGCUAAUGACCUGGGCAGAGAAUGCACCAGCCUCUUUACUAUAGAUUUAAGUGAAAGACGAGCAGCACCUUCAGCUGAGUUACUUCUCAAAGUUGGGGAACCGUUGCUGAUCAGAUGCAGAGCUGUUUAUCGUAAUUACAAAUUCAGGAUAAAUGUAUCUUUUGAAAACAAAGAAGUGCAGCAGAAUUGCCGGUUUGAGGGGUUGGAGUACCAAACAGACCACUCAGCCAUUCGGACCCAGUACAUGUUUACCCCAGCAGCAAGAAAAGGCGACAGCGGACGUUAUACCUGCUCUUCUACGGCUCAUCCAAAUCAAACUGCUUUGGUUACUGUUUUAGAAAAGGGAUUUAUAAAUAUAACUGACUCUAGAGAAGAUUUUGAAAUUGGUGACGAAGAGUUUUGCUUUGAAGUCAACUUUACAGCAUAUCCACCAGUUAAAUGCAUGUGGCUAUUUUCCCAGAAAACAUUUCCAUGUAAGCAAAGUUACAGUGUGGAUGGACACAGCAUUUCAUCAAAGUUCUGCAAUCAUCAGCACCGUUCUGGGAUAUAUAUGUUUUAUGCUGAAAAUGGUGAUACGGCCAUGACAAAAAAAUUCACUUUGUACGUGAGAAGAAAACCUGAAGUAACAAUGCAGUUAUUGUUCAAGCAGAUCUCCUGCAUCGCUGACAGCUAUCCAGCCUCAUCCUGGGUUUGGAGGCACUGUCCUGACCUGAACUCAACCAACUGUACUGAAGAAAUCAAGGAAGGGAUCCAGAACUUCUUGCCAGAAAGGAGAUCUCUGGGGUCGUGGAUUUCAAGCAGUAUUUUAGAUGUAAAGGAGACAGCAACAACAUUCUCUGUUGAAUGCUGUGCAAGCAAUCUGGUCGGCUCCAACUGCAGAAAGAGCUUCAUUAACAUGUCAGUUGCAGGAACUGUUUCUUCUCUGCCAGACAAUGCUGCACUCUGUGUCUUUGCUGGAUUUAUCUUCCUGUUGAUCGUUUUUUUGUGUGCACUCAUUUGUCAUAAAUACAAAAAGCAAUUUAGAUACGAAAGCCAGCUGCAAAUGAUGCAGGUGAUUGGACCACUGGAUAACGAGUACAUCUACGUCGACUUCCGUGAAUAUGAGUAUGAUCUCAAAUGGGAAUUUCCCAGGGAAAAUCUGGAAUUUGGACAGGUUCUCGGCUCUGGGGCUUUUGGGAAAGUGGUGAAUGCUACAGCUUAUGGAAUUAGCAAGGCGGGAGACUCAGUGCAGGUGGCAGUCAAAAUGCUAAAAGAAAAGUCUGACACUUCAGAAAAAGAUGCUCUGAUGUCUGAACUGAAAAUGAUGACUCACAUUGGAAGCCAUGAGAAUAUCGUGAACCUGCUAGGAGCUUGCACUGUGUCAGGACCAAUCUACUUGAUUUUUGAAUACUGUUGCUAUGGUGACCUUCUGAACUACUUAAGGAGCAAGAGAGAAAAAUUUCACUGGACGCUGACUGAUAUUUUUAAACAGCACAACUUCAGUUUCUAUCACAAUAUCUGUUCGGAGCAAAAUUCCAGGAAGGGAGCCCACCUGGAAUAUGGUGUGAACACGGAUCUGUACGGAGAGGAUGAACUUAAAGCCACACAAACAAGCCAAAACAUAAAUAUGACCUCUGGGCCAAAUGGGAUUGCACUCUGUUCUGAGGAAGAUGAAAUUAAGUGUGCAAGCAGACAGAUGGAUGAAGAAGAGGAUUUUUGUGUGCUCACUUUUGAAGACCUUCUAUGCUUCGCUUAUCAAGUUGCCAAAGGAAUGGAGUUUCUUGAGUCCAAAUUGUGCAUUCACAGAGACCUCGCUGCCCGCAAUAUACUGGUGACCCAUGGGAAAGUCAUGAAAAUCUGUGACUUUGGCCUUGCCAGAGAUGUCGUGAAUGACUCCAACUACAUCGUCCGGGGCAAUGUUCGCUUACCCGUUAAAUGGAUGGCUCCUGAAAGCUUAUUUGAGGGGAUGUACACCAUGAAGAGUGACGUUUGGUCUUACGGAAUACUGCUGUGGGAAAUAUUCUCUUUGGGUGUAAAUCCCUACCCUGGCAUUCAAGUUGAUGCGAACUUCUACAAAUUGAUUAAAAGUGGAUUUAAAAUGGACCGACCUUAUUAUGCUACAAAACACGUCUAUUAUGUGAUGCAGUCCUGCUGGGCACUGGACUCCAGAAGAAGACCCUCAUUUUCCCAGCUGGUUUCCUCUCUUGCCUGUCAGCUGGUGGAGGCAGAGGGAGCAGUUUACCAGAACAUGAAGAAAAAUGCUUCUCCACCCAAAUCCAACAACAAAACUAACCCACGUGUAAGUAAGGCUGAGGAAUCUCUUCUGUCCCCACCUCUGCUCUAACGUGAAGACUCUCAUGUUGAGAAAUGAACUGGGUUCUGGACUUGAUCUCAGUAUUUUCCUAAACUCCAUGUAGCAUAAAUGCUUCACAUCACCACUAAGAAGAUGUUAUCACCUGCUGCUCUAUUCACAUUUCUGAUGGGACAGUCCAUGUUCAUGGUGCUUUGAGGGGAAGACACAGCCAUUCAUUUCUUCGAUUUCAAUGAGCACAUCUGUAGCAAGACAGGUGCAGCUGCCUUUUAACCAUCCCUCUGUGACCAGAUAUCUCUUCACUGGUUUUGUGUAAACAGCAUCUAAUCCAUGCAUUGGAACUGAGGCUGCUCUCAACAUAAUUCAAGCAAACACAAAAAAAAUCUGGGAUUUUAGUCAAUAUUCGCAAGCUCAGGCAUCUAAAUGGGAAAUGGUGUGGGGUCCAGAACUCCUUGAUCCCUGGAUGUCAGUGAGUGCUGGAAAAAAGGCCACUUGAAAUUGCCAACAUUAGAAGCCUGAGUUUUAAAAUACCAGCCUUAGUUUACAGGGAACUAUAAACCUCAGUGUGUUUGACUGUUCUGUCCUGAUUGUCUCAAUUGCUGUGAUUCCCCAGUAGCUGCCCAAUUCAGGUGAGUUCGUGCCAUUGAGGUGGGCUCCAGCCACCCAGCUCUGUACUUGCUGGUGAGAGUCAGGCACUCGCAGCAAGUGAUUCCUCAUACCUAAAUAAGCACCUACCCCAGGCAGAGGAGGGCAGGAUGUGGCCCUCCUACUCCCUUGUCUAGAAAAUCUGGAUGACUGCCUCCAAGUGGAAGCCUCGUAUAAACUGAACUACAGCUAAUCCUGCUCUUCAAUCUUGGUGUGCUUUAAUAUCAAGUAAUUUGUCCACUGCAGCAAGUUAGGAGUGUGAUACCACACCCAGCUCCCAGUGGUCAGCCAGACUGCAUAAACUUGGCUGCCCUAAGAUGAGAGCACAUCUCUUUAACUUGCUUUCAGAUUCCCAGGGCAAUAAGCAGAGGCUCCAUGUUUUGUUAAUACAGUUAAAAAUACACAUUAUCGUCAUGGUGGGGUUUGGGGAUUUGCAAACCUGCCUUUCACGAUGUCUAAUUGGAUGCAUUUAUCUGUACCCUGGUGAAUCGAGGGCAGAAUAUGCUGGUUAAUAGUUUUGUUCUCUUUAAUAUCUUACGAAGUGUCAACUGCAAAUAGGGUUUCUGGUGCUAUAAAUUAAUGAGUGUUUGGAUGGAACAUGCCAUCGUGUAAACUGAGCUGCUCUUUACUAACACUGCCUGAAAAUAAUUCAUGUUUUAACACA